UACACAUACAAUAAUUCUUACAACAAUUUGUAUAAAUUGAUCUUUUUUGUGUGUGUAUAUCAUCGGAUUAUUUAUUACAUUUCAGGCAAAUUUUGUUAUACAGGUAAUUUGAAAAUAGCUGGAUACGAUGUCCUCCUCCUCCAUUAGCUAUGGAUGGAAAUAUGAUGUGUUCCUCAGCUUCAGAGGUUCUGAUACUCGCCAUGGUUUUACUGGUCAUCUCUACAAAGCUCUCUUAGACAGAGGAAUCUACACCUUUAUUGACAAUGAGGAGCUUCAAAGAGGAGAAGAGAUCACACCAUCACUUGUCAAGGCAAUUGAAGACUCUAGGAUUGGCAUCCUUGUUUUCUCUAAGAACUAUGCUUCUUCCACGUUUUGCUUAGAUGAACUUGUACACAUCCUUGCCUGUGUUAAAGAAAAGGGUACAAUGGUUUUACCGGUUUUUUAUGAGGUUGAUCCCUCUGAUGUACGACACCAAAGAGGUAGCUACGAAGAAGCACUGAAUAAACAUAAGGAGAAGUUCAAUGACGACAAAGAGAAAUUGCAGAAAUGGAGGAUUGCUCUGCGUCAAGCAGCUAACUUGUCUGGUUAUCAUUUCAAACAUGGGAACGAAAAUGAAUAUGAUUUUGUUGGCAAGAUUAUUAAAGAGGUCUCCCGAAGAAUUAGUCGUACUCAUUUGCAUGUUGCGAAUAACCUGGUUGGAUUGGAGUCUCGAGUGCUGCAUGUAACCUCCCUUUUAGAUGAUAAAUAUGAUGGAGUUCUCAUGGUAGGAAUCCAUGGAAUUGGCGGGGUAGGAAAAACAACGAUUGCUCGAGAAGUUUAUAAUUUGAUUGCUGAUCAAUUUGAAUGGUUGUGUUUUCUUGAUAAUGUGAGAGAAAAUUCAAUUAAACAUGGAUUGGUGCAUCUCCAAAAGACACUUCUUUCUAAAACAAUUGGAGAGAGUAGUAUUAAGUUAGGAAGUGUUCACGAAGGAAUUCCAAUAAUAAAGCAUAGGUUCCACCUAAAGAAGGUUCUUUUGGUUGUUGAUGAUGUUGACGAUCUAGAUCAGUUGCAGGCAAUUGUUGGAGGGACCGAUUGGUUUGGUUCUGGCAGCAGAGUCAUCAUUACCACUCGAGACAAACAUUUACUAACAUGCCAUGGGGUUACAAGCACAUAUGAGGUUGAUGGGUUAAAUAAGGAAGAGGCUCUUAAAUUGCUUAGUGGAACUGCUUUCAAAAUUGACAAAGUUGAUCCAUGUUAUAUGAGAAUUUUAAACCGUGUGGUAACUUAUGCUUCUGGCCUUCCACUGGCUUUGAUGGUAAUAGGUUCCAACUUGUUUGGAAAAAGCAUAGAAGAAUGGGAAUCUUCCAUAGAUCAGUAUGAGAGAAUUCCUAAUAAAAAGAUUCAAGACGUACUCAAAGUAAGUUUUGAUUCUUUAGAAGAAGAUGAGCAACAAAUUUUUCUUGAUAUUGCUUGUUGCUUCAAAGGAUAUGCUUUGACAUAUGUUAAAGAAAUACUUUCUACUCAUCACAAUUUCUGUCCGGAAUAUGCUAUUGGAGUGUUGAUUGACAAAUCUCUCAUAAAGGUCGAUGCAGAUCGUGUGAUAUUGCAUGACUUGAUAGAGGACAUGGGUAAAGAAAUUGUCCGACAGGAAUCACCAAGAGAGCCAGGAAAACGCAGUAGGUUAUGGUUUCCUGAUGAUAUAGUUGAAGUUUUGGAAGAAAAUAAGGGAACUAGCAGAAUUCAAAUGAUAACUCUGGAUUACCUCAAAUAUGAAGCAGCAGUAGAAUGGGAUGGAGUGGCAUUCAAGGAGAUGAAUAACCUCAAAACACUUAUUAUUAGAAGUGGUUGUCUUCAUGAAGGUCCCAUACAUCUUCCGAAUAGUUUAAGAGUAUUAGAAUGGAAGGUAUACCCUUCACCAUCUUUACCAAUUGAUUUCAAUCCCAAGAAACUUGUCAUACUGAAGUUUCCUUAUAGUUGCUUAAUGUCUCUUGAUGUGCUCAAGUCGAAGAAGAUUUUUUUGAAGAUGAGAGUUUUGAAUUUUAAUGAUUGUCAAUAUAUAAGAGAGAUACCUGACCUAUAUGGUGUCCCAAAUUUACAAGAAUUAUCAUUUUGCAAUUGUGAGAAUUUAAUUAAAAUUCAUGAAUCGGUUGGAUUUCUGGAUAAACUUAAAAUCUUGUAUGCUGAAGGCUGCAGCAAGCUUAUGAGUUUUCCGCCAAUCAAAUUGACCUCUCUUGAAAUACUCCAGCUUUCAUAUUGUCAUAGUCUUGAGAGUUUUCCAGAAGUAUUAGGGAAGAUGGAAAAUGUAACUUCUCUUGAUAUUUAUGGCACUGUUAUAAAAGAACUGCCAUUUUCAAUUCAGAAUCUCACACGGCUUCGAAGACUUGAACUGGUGAGAUGUGAGAAUCUUGAACAAAUUAGAGGGGUUCCACCUAAUUUAGAAACAUUCUCUGUAAAAGAUUGCUCAUCCUUGAAAGAUUUAGAUCUCACACUUCUUCCUUCAUGGACAAAGGAACGUCAUCUUUUAAAGGAGCUUCGUUUACAUGGAAACAAGAAUCUUCAAAAUAUUAAAGGGAUUCAACUGAGCAUAGAAGUACUGAGUGUAGAAUACUGCACAUCCUUGAAAGAUUUAGAUCUCACACUUCUUCCUUCAUGGACAAAGGAACGUCAUCUUUUAAAGGAGCUUCAUUUACAUGGAAACAAGAAUCUUCAAAAAAUUAAAGGGAUUCCACUGAGCAUAGAAGUACUGAGUGUAGAAUACUGCACAUCCUUGAAAGAUGUAGAUGUUACUCUUCCUCCUGCAUGCACCCAAGAAUGUUGCAUUUUGAGUACACUUUUCUUUGAUGCUUGUGGGAUGAAUCUUCAUGAAAUACACGGGAUUCCGUCGAUCAUUAGAACUUGUUCUGCCAGAGGCUGUCAAUACUCGACAUCUGUGCCCACAGGCAUGUUACUGAAUAAGGAAUUGCAUGAGGUCAGUGGAUUCAAAUUGCUCAGAAGAAGGAUUCUAGAGUGGUUCGAGCAUAGUACAAACGAAUCGUCAAUUUCUUUCUCAUUUCGUACCAAGUUCCCUGUGAUAUCUUUCUGUGUUGUUGCUAGACCCAACACAUAUUUAAACCUUGGACCCAUAUUUAUUUUCGAUGGUAUGAAACGUUUGUUACUAAGGGAGUUCCAUUUUGACCAAGUAGGUGCUCAUGUGGUUUUGGACCAAAUAAGUCAUCAUUUGGUUAUUUUUUAGAUUUAAAGGUGGAAGGAAUUCUUUAGGAAAAUGAAUGGAAUCCUGUGGUUAUGUACUCACACGGUGUGUUUAUCAAACAAAUCGGAAUCCAUGUAUCAAAAUAAGGAAGCAACGUGGAUGAUAUCCGAUUUAACAAUCUGCUGCUGUAGAAAGAAGACUAUGCACUGGUGGGUGAAGGACAUUUUCAUAUACCUCACGGCUACUUAUUUGAUUUAAAAAUUGAUAUUAAGAUUGACUCAAACUCUACAUAUGAUAUGAUAGAUUGCUAAACUUACAAUUAACAGAAACUGCAAGAGUUGUGUGUCAUGAAUAAGGAUUCCUGAAUGUUUUGAGCACUGUGGCAA